AAAGGACCUAAGGUUACUGUUAUGUUGUGCUGCCCAUGUGGGUACAUUGUCAAAAGAAGUCAGAUCCUGGAAUUUGUAUGUUUUUUAUUAAAGGGUUUGUUUUAUUAUUUUUUAUUUUUAUCGAUUGACAAUGCCUGAAAGCACAUCACUGAGGAAUCUGACUUCUCGUAAUUAUGGGAAGCCACCUGCUAAACAGAACGAGUUUCUGCAGUCUUUGGGUGCUCCUCAUGUCGAUUCGUUCAACUACCUGCUGGACGAGGGGUUGGACCUGAUCUGCAAAGAUUUGACGCCUGUCGAGAUCGAAGUGAACAACUCGACUGUCCGGUUGAACAUCACUGAAAUUCAACUUCUUCCACCGACAGUACCGCCAAAUUUGAUCGGUGUGAGCAAGCAAGAAGUAUGGCCUACCGAGUGUCGCCAGAGUGCGUCGACUUACAAAGGAAGAUUGAUCAUUAAAGUCAGUUGGUAUGUCGAUGGCGUGCAGAUGCCUCCGAUUUGCAAAGAACUAGGAAUGAUCCCUAUAAUGAUCAAGUCCAAGGCAUGUUAUUUAAACAAUUUGACUCCCGAAGAGUUAAUAGAACAUGGAGAACAUACAAAUGAAUGGGGUGGCUAUUUUAUUGUAAAGGGACUUGAAAAAUUGAUCAGGAUGCUUUUAAUGACUAGGCGUAAUUAUCCCAUUGCUGUAAAAAGGCCUUCUUGGAAACAAAGAGGAGAUCAAUUUUCAGAUCUUGGUGUUCUGAUGAGAAGUGUAGCUGAUGAUCAGACGUCAGUCAAUAAUGUACUUCAUUUUGUUACUGAUGGAUCUGCCAAACUUAUGUUUAGUUAUAAAAAAGUGUUGUACUAUUCACCUUUAAUGCUUAUUGCUAAAUGUCUUGUUGAAAGGUCUGAUUUAGCGAUUUAUAAACAAUUUAUGGAAGGUUUUGAGGAUGACCAGUAUAUGAAAGGAUGCAUCCAAAGCAUGCUUAGAAAGUUACACAAAGAAGGAAUACAUUCGAGCGAAGAUGCAAGAAUGUACGUUGGAAAGACGUUUAGAGUCAAGCUGAUAGAUGUACCUCAAUCGUUAAGUGACGAUGACUUCUGUACUUUUAUAAUAAAUCGCAGCAUUUUCCCCCAUCUGAAUGACAAUGUCGACAAAUGGAAUUGUCUCGUUAUGAUGACACAAAAACUUUUCAGUGUUGUGCGAGAGAAAAGUAUUAUAGAAGGAGUCGAUGCGGUUAUGAUGCAGGAAGUCUUGUUAGGCGGUCAUCUCUACCUCCAAAUCAUAAAAGACAAACUGCAAGGUUGGUUGACAGGUUUGAAACUGAACAUUUUGAAAAAGGCAUCGUCAAAUUUGACUUUGAAUGAAGCUGAAAUGACUAAUAUAAUAAAUAAAAAUGGAGGAGUAGAGAGCACCAUUGAAAACUUUUUAAGAACCGGAAAUGUCAGUAGUUCCUCAGGGCUAGGCUUAACUCAGGAUAAAGGUUUGGUGAUAAUUGCUGAAAACAUUAACCGAAUGCGUUACAUGUCACAUUUUAAAGCUGUGCACAGGGGUGCUUUUUUUAGCUCGAUGAGGACGACUGAUGUCAGACAGUUGUUGCCAGAUGCGUGGGGGUUUAUAUGCCCCGUACACACGCCUGACGGAGCACCUUGCGGCUUGCUGAACCAUUUAACUAAAGAUUGUCAGAUCAGCAACAGGGCAAACCGGACGCUUGUAUCUAAACUUCCAGAAGUCUUGGCCAGCCUCGGCAUGCAACCGUAUUCAGGCAUUAGAAUGGUCUCGGCGAAACACUGUUAUAUCACUAUGCUCGAUGGUAGGGUGAUCGGUUACGUUCCGCACAGCAUUGCUGGUAGAUUGGUGAACAAACUAAGAAUCCAGAAAAUCAAAGGUGAUAAGGUUCCUUCUACUUUAGAAAUCGUUCUUGUAAGAACUAAUAAAACAAAAGGACAAUUCCCUGGUUUGUUCCUUUUUACAAAUGAAGCUAGGAUGAUGCGUCCUGUUUUAAACUUAGCUGUCAAACAAAUCGAGCUGAUCGGAACUUUCGAGCAAGUUUAUCUUGAUAUUUGUAUUACACCAGAAGAAGCGAUUAAAGGGAUGACAACACAUCAAGAAUUGUCUAAAAUUACAUUCUUGAGCAACUUGGCAUGCCUGAUACCCAUGCCGGAUUGCAACCAAAGUCCGCGUAAUAUGUAUCAAUGUCAGAUGGGGAAACAAACGAUGGGUACACCUUGUCAUAAUUGGCAUCUUCAGUCUGAAACAAAACUGUAUCGUCUUCAGACACCUGCAACACCAUUGUUCCGUCCCAGGCAUUAUGACACUAUAGAACUAGACGAUUUUCCUAUGGGAACAAAUGCUAUUGUAGCUGUUAUUUCCUAUACAGGUUAUGACAUGGAGGAUGCUAUGAUAAUAAAUAAAUGUUCCAUAGAAAGAGGAUUCGCACAUGCUUCAAUAAUAAAGACUGAAAUAAUAGAAUUGAAAUCUACAAAAUCAUAUUUUGGAUUGGAUCCUGGUAGGCCACACUUAAGAAGUAGCUUAGGAGAAGACGGCCUUCCAUUCCCAGGAGCAGUUUUGACUCUAAAUCAGGCCCUCUACUGCUGUUACGACUACGACAAGUCUGCGUUUAUAACCGGGGAUUAUAAAGGUAAAGAGGGAGUCGUAGUCGAAAAUGUAAAACUUUGCAGUUCAUUUCUCGGCUCAAAAAUACCCGCUACUGCUAUAAUUACGCUGAGACUGACUAGAAAUCCGAAUGUUGGUGAUAAAUUUGCGAGUCGAGCUGGUCAAAAAGGUAUCUGCAGUCAAAGAUGGCCUGCAGAAGAUUUGCCCUUUACAGAAUCAGGACUCGUCCCCGAUAUUGUAUUCAACCCUCAUGGUUUCCCAUCUCGUAUGACAAUAGCCAUGAUGAUUGAAUGCAUGGCAGGAAAAUCAGCUUCUGUCCAUGGGCUCGUUCACGAUGCGACGCCUUUUGAAUUUUCCGAGGAUGAUACUGCAAUUGAUUAUUUCGGUAGACUUCUUCAAGAAGGAGGGUAUAAUUACCAUGGUACUGAAAGAAUGUACAGUGGUAUUAAUGGUACUGAAAUCCAGGCUGAUAUAUUUUUUGGCGUUGUUCAUUACCAAAGGCUCAGGCAUAUGGUAUCAGAUAAAUGGCAGGUACGAAGCACAGGCCCGAUUGAUAUUUUGACCCACCAGCCUGUCAAAGGACGAAAAAGGGGAGGUGGUGUGAGAUUCGGCGAAAUGGAAAGAGAUUCGUUGAUUUCGCACGGUGCCGCGUUUUUACUUCAGGACCGUCUGUUCCACUGCUCGGACAAAUCUGUGGCGCUCAUCUGUCGAACCUGUGGCACGAUUGUCGGACCGGUUUUAUCGAUCAAUUCAAAUAACAAUGAUGCGGUGCAAAACCAUGUGGUCAAGUGCAGGAUAUGUGAAGGAAAAGGAAGAAUAGAAAAAAUCGAUAUUCCUUACAUAUUCAGAUAUCUUUUAGUUCAGUUAGCUUCUGUUAAUAUCAAAGUGAAAAUGCAAAUUGACGGCCAAUAAUGUGAAAAUUGUAAUUUUAUUGUAGAAAUCGUAUCAUGUCUUAUUUUUAUACAAACAUUCUUAAAUGUUAUAAUUCGGCCAUAAACUUCAUUUCUCCUGUUUCAGAAAAUUUAGGGCUAUUUUAAAAAUUUAAUAGCCAAUUGAUCAAAUAUUUGGAAAUAUUUUUGGUUUUA